GUGAACAGAAUGAACGCAUUUUCAAUUUUUACAUAAAAACAUUCGUUAAGUGUUACUUUGGACGUCGAACUGUUUGGUUUGGAAAUACUAAAGUUGGAAAAGAAGCGAAAAAAAAAAAAAACAAAAAAGAAAGAUUUAUUCAGUGUUGUCGCAUGUUUAUUUUUUUUUUAGUGAAUUAAAUUUAAUUUUAUUUUCCUCUUGAUUUGAAAUUAAUUAUUUAAAAAAAUAAAUAAUUAAAAUAACAAAUAUUUUUAAAACUGUUUUUCAAUGGUGGUAAAUAUAAAUUACUGUUAAAAGAUUUUUUUAUCAUCAAAAACUUGAAUUUUUUUUCUUAUUUGUUUAAUUUUUUCUUUUAUUUUUUUUUAAUUUUUAAUUCUUUAUUAUUGAAAAACAAGAAAUUUAACGCUCUAAAGAGAAAAUAUACGAUACAAGAAUAUUAAUAAAAACGAGUGCGAAAAAUAAAAUAAAUAAAGGAUUAAUUUGUGGCCAUUGUGAAUAUUUUUUCAUUACUGAUCCCAUUUUGUGUUAUAAAAAUUAUCGUAAAUUUAAAAAAAAAAAUGCAUAUUAAUAAGAAUUGCUGAAAUUUUAAAAUUUUCUUUCUACCAUAGUUAUUCAAACAAAUAAAAAUUAAAUAUUUGGAAAUAAAUUUCUUUUUACUUUUUUAUUAAAAUUUGUGUAAAUUUAAAAAAGAAAAAUUAAGGCAUAAAAUUUUUUGUGUGUGAAAUAUAAGUAAAUAUUUUGUAUUUAAUGAGUAAAAUACAUAUUUGAUUUUCAUGGAUUUACAAAUGAUUAAGACUUCAUUCAAAUAAUUAAAUAUUUAAAAAAUAAAAAUAUAAAUAAAUAAAACAAAGCAUCAUUUUCAAUAUUGUUGACAUUUGUUUUUUGUUUAUUUAAAUGUUGAUAUAAUUUCUUUGUGAUCUCCAAUAAUCAAAGAUUUUUUUAAUUGUUUCCUUAAUAAGUAAUUUUUUUAUGAAUAAAUUUAAUAUUAAAUUUUAAACAAUAGCAAUAAAAUAGCUUCAAAGCUAAUAAAUUUCUUCAUGUACCUCAAUUAUUUACAAAAGUUUUUACAUAAAAAAAAAUAUUUAAAUUUAAAGUUAUAAUAAAAAAAAUAUUGUUUAAAAUUUUUUUAACAUAAUUUAAUUCAUGAAUUUAAAUUGAAAUUAAUUAUUCAAUUUUAUAUACAUUCAUACAUACCUCUACAUAUACAUGAAGUUAAAAUAAAAUUAGUGAUUUAAAAGAACAAGAUUACAUACAACAAAUUAAUUCUGGAAAACUUGAUGAAUUUGGAUAAGAGAAAACAGAAACAAAUAAGAUAAAGAAGGAAAUUAUAUUCAUUAAUUUUAGAAUAAAUUAAAAUAUUUGAGUUGAAAGAAAGAAAAUAUAAACUUGAAUGCAUUGAUUGUUAAAGAGAAAAAAGUGAAAAAGAUUUUUUUAUACAUAACAUUUAAAUUAUAAUAUUGAAAAAAUUCCAAACGAAGAAUUUAUAAUAAACAAAAGUUAACAGUCAAAAAAAAACACUAUAAACGAACCAAUUAAUUUUAAAAAAGAAAUAAAAAAUGGGUAAAGCUCAAAGUAAACGAUCUGUAGAUAUUACAACAGAUCCGAAAAAGGAUGGAACUGUUGAUGAAGGUACCGGCGAAAUGAAAAAAAUUGAAGAUGUUGAUCAGUUAAAACCACAGGUUAAUGGUGACACACACCACAAUGAAAAUGAAGAAAAAGAAAAAGUUACUGAAAAUGGGGAAACCGAAAAUGAAAAAGAUUUAUCAACAGAAAAAGAAAAUCAAAAAUCACAAGAAGGUGCUUCUUCUACUCCAACAGCAUCAUCUCCUGCUGAUACCGGUGCUGGUGGUGAUGUAGCAGUAGCAACAGCAGAAACAGUAACAACACCCACUGCCAAUGAAAAUACCACUGCCAAUUCAGCAACUAAUAAUACCGAACAACAACAAUCUACAGAUGCUAAUGAAACUUUAAAUGAUUCAAAAACUGCCGGUGAAUCAACUACAUCUGAAACACCAGAAAAUAGCAGUAAAAAACCUAAAAAAGAGAAAGUUAAAAAGAAAUGGUCAUUCCGAAGUAUUUCAUUUGGUAGAAAAGAUAAACAAAAACCCUCAAAAAAAGAAGAAGCAAAUGCAAAUACUUCAGCUGUUAAUGGUGAAUGCGAAAAAGUUGCAGAAGAGACAACCACAGAAGAAGUAAAAAAUACCGAAGAAAAGAAGGAUAUUUCUCCAUCAGCUGCUGAAGCCUCCACUGUUCCAACUGAAGAAUCAAAAAAUACCACAGAAGAGAAUAAAUCAACCGAAGUAGAAUCCGAAGUAAAAGUUGAAAAAGUAGAAACUCCAACAAUAGAAACAGAAACAAAAUCAGAUGAAGCUGUUACUAAAGGUCCAGAAACAGAAAUUGUAGAAACACCAAAACCUUCCGAAGAAACAGCACCGAUUCCAGAAGAAAAGGAACAACAAUCUGUUGUUGAAAAUGUUCCUUCGUCUAAUGAUACACCAGUAGUUGAAACCGAAAAACCCCAUGAAGAAACAAAAACAUCAGCGUCCUUAACUAAUGGAAUUGAACAUCAUGAUGAAGAACCAAAAUUAAAUGGUUCAGCUGAGUCACCGAAAAUUGAGGUAAAGAGUGAAGAAAAGUCAUCAGUUGUUGAUAUUGAACCAAGUUCUAAUAUUGAACCUAAUGCAAAUGAAAUUACUUUAAGUUCUGAAACUGAAAAAUCUCUCAAUAAUGUACAAAUAUCUACAAAUGUUAGUAAUGUUAUAACUAAAGAUGAUGACAAUGAUCCUUUAAAUCCUGUAAAUAAACUAUCUUCUUCCUCUCCUCCGCCACUUCCUUGUUCCCCUCCUCCUUCACAGGUGAUGGUAUUUGCAUUAAGUGAAACUAAACAAGAACAACAGCCAAUCCUUGAAGAUAUCCCAAAAAUUGAAGAUGUUGCUAUUAAAAACGAUAUAGUUUCUAAUGACGUACAAGAAAAAUUAGACAUAGGAUUGGCUAACGCAGAUAUUACAACAGAAAAACAAAGCGAAUUAAUUGUACCAGCUGAAAAAACAGAUACUUUGUUAGAGAAAACUGAAAAUGUUGUGCAAGAAGUUGAAAAGUCUGAUUCAAAAAAAGAAACUGAGGAAAUAAAAUUGGAAACUGCAAAAACAGACGAUAAAGUUGAAAAUUCAACUGAAAUAGGUAACGCUACUUCGGAAGUUAUUGCCACAAAUAUUGCUCAAGAAAAGUUAAUAGCAACUGAAGAACAAUUAUCUGAAAAUAAAAAUGACUUAACAGAAGAGAAAAAUGUUGAAAAACAUGAAAGUGAGUUAGCCAAAAGUUUACCAGAAUCUAUUGAAAAUUCUAAAACUCAAAUAGAACCGAUAUCAGAAGAAAAAGACAAUCAAAUUCAAGCUGAAAAUUUAACUAACGUAAUUGAAAAAAGCUUAAAUACUGAAACACCUCAAAAUAAUGAAUCAAAUGAAAGGGUGGAAAUUUUAGCUCCAUCAGUAGAUCUAGGUUCACAACAAGACAAUAAUUCGUCACCCACUAAUGAAAUUAUAAAACAAGAAGACACAAUGUCUACGGCAAAAUUUGAUAACGAUAUCAAUGAAAUUGUUGAAACGAUAGCACUAAUACAAGAAUAUACAGACACAGUAGCAUCAGCAUCAAAAGAUUUAAUUGAAAGUGUUACAUCGACAGUUAGUAAUAACGAAUCUCAAUCAAAGGAAGUUCAUGAAAAUCAAGUUCCACCGUCUCCACCACCACCAUUGCAAGAAAAUGUAGAAGAAAAUAAACAAACUGGAGAAAAUAUUUGUGUAGAAAAAAUUUCAAUUGAAUCAAAUAUUGAACAAGAUUUACCGACACCACCACCAACACCAUCAUCACAAUCAAAUAUAGAUUUGGAAAAUUUUAGAGAAAAUAAGUCUGAAGACUGUGACAAUAAGUCAGAAGUAGCAUUGACAUCAUCUGAAAAUAUGAUAUCCAAUGUAGAGGAAAACAAAAUUAGCGCUGACAUUAGCAACCAAUCAAAUAAUACAUCAGAAUUAACAUCACAAAAUGAAAUAAACGAAAAUGAAAUUACAGCGACUGCAACAAGCAAUAACAAUGCUCCUAACCAGAAAAAGGAAAAUGGGGUAGAUGAACAUCACGACGAAGUAGCUGAAAUAUCAGCGACAGAAAGCUUAAACGGAGUUGAUCAUAAGACUAUUGAAGAUAUUAAAUCUGAAAAUCAACAAAUUGAAAAAGUUGGUACCGAAGUUAUAACGCAAGGAGCUACUGCAGUUGCUGAAUAAAAACAAAUCUAUUUUUAUUUUAGCAUUAAAAAUUCAUUUUUGAAACGAAUAUUAUAUACUUUUUUGCAUAAAAAAAAUCGAUCUUAAAAAUUAAAUUAAAAAAAAUAAUAAAUAAAUAAAAAAAAAAUUAUAUAAAUAUAGAUAUAUAUAUAUAUAUAAAUAUAUAUAAAAUGUAUUAAAUAUAAACCUAACUAGAAUAAAAAAUACAAAGAAAUACAGAUACAUUUCAAAAUUUAAAAUAGUUUAUUACAACAAAAUACACAAAAUAUAUAAUGAUAAAAAAAAACAAAGAUAAAAGAAGGAUAUAAGAAUUAAAAUCGAAAAAAAUAUUUAAUAAAAUAAUAAAAGAAAAUUAAGAUAUUUAGACAUUUAUCGAAAAAAACCAUCCUAUUUGUUUUUUUUUUUUUUUAAUAAUAAUUAUAUAUAUAAUAACAAUACUCUUUCAUUACAAAAAUUAAAAAAAAUGAAAAAAAAAAACAACAAAACGAAAAUAAGUAAAUUUAUAUCCAAUAUUCGCAAAAAAAAAAAAUUAAAGAAAAAAGCAUAAGUUUAAUCUUAAUUAUAUAGAAUAUUUGAUAAUUAUAAAAAAAAGAAUAAAAAUAAACAAAAUUCGAUGUAAAUUGUUAUUGGUUAAACAAAAAAAAAAUAAAAAAAAAAAUAAAAAAACUCAAAUAUUCUAAUUUUUUAAGUACCAUACGAUUAAAAAUA